UGGGGCCUGGGGGGUGAAAGGCAGGUGGUCCCUGGGCACUGCCUGGGAUCUAGGAGAAGAACCCCCCACCUUUGCCUUAGUAAUGCUCAGAAGAAGAUAAAUCGCACUCCCCACCAUCUUGAGCAGGGGCAAAUUCAUAGAGAAAUCUCCCUUGGGGAAUAUAGGACUCGUUGCAGGUCUGGGGGUUUUGGGAUCCCGGGCAUUAAUCAGGUCUAACCACAGAGCCGGAGUAAUUAUUAUAUCAUAUCGUAUACCCUUUUUUCCUCUGCCAUCAUGAUUCUCCUUGGCAGCAGCAUUGGCAGCCGCCUGAGGGUGAAAAUGUGGGUGAUGGGGAAGUUGGUAGUGACUCCGCUGUUUUUUCUUAUGGCUCCUUUGGGCGACUGCUGCCCGCCCCCGGUAUACACUGUAGUUGAUUGCAGGGAAUCCCUGUACCUCUCCCCUUCCUUCACUACCGAUUUUGCACUUUUCUCUUUGCUCACCACCAAGUGUAAUCAAUAACAAGCACUGACAAUACAUAGCAAUAGUGAAAUCUGAAAUAACUAAUAAGAGUUAAUUAGGUACUACAGCCAUGGAUCUGGCUGGGUAAAAUCCAAUUGGAUAUUUCAGUUUCAUUCACCUACCCUGUUUCGGUGUUUUGUUUUUGUUUUUGGAAAGCAAGGAUCACACUUCCCCCUUCCCGUUCGUUUUCAUAAUUCCUUUUGUAAAGAGAGGGAAAAAAAUCCGAAUGGAUCUUAAGGAUUUUUGGACUGGUGUCAGCUGUGUUUUUUUUAUUGCACACCUAAAUCCUGAUAAUAGGCUUUUCAUUUCUCCCUAAAGCCUUUAUUUUGGCAGUUAAGCCAAAUGUGUUUUCCAGAAAGUUGGUUCAAGUAUUUUCUCCUCUUUCUUUCCUUCCUUCCCUUCCUUUUUCCCAUUUAACCCCAAACAUUACUGUCCAAACAUGACUGGACAGCAGCUUUUGUUUCUUGACGCUGUAAUAUGACAGUCUGCUAAUAUUGCCAGAAGGUGCAGUUUGGGGUUACAGUCGUGAUUUUAGCUAUUCAGUCAUAUUAGCAGGGAAAAAAAAUGACUUGUUUCUGUUGUACUUGAGUCUUAAGAAAAAGUGCCCAUAGUUUAGUGACAAUUUCCAAAGGCUUUAGUACCACCUGUAUUUCAAAAUGGGGGACCCAAACUCCCGGAAGAAACAAGCUCUGAACAGACUACGUGCUCAGCUUAGAAAGAAAAAAGAAUCUCUAGCUGACCAGUUUGACUUCAAGAUGUAUAUUGCCUUUGUAUUCAAGGAGAAGAAGAAAAAAUCGGCACUUUUUGAAGUGUCCGAAGUUAUACCAGUCAUGACAAAUAAUUAUGAAGAAAAUAUCCUGAAAGGUGUGCGAGAUUCCAGCUAUUCCUUGGAAAGUUCCAUAGAGCUUUUACAGAAGGAUGUGGUACAGCUCCACGCUCCUCGAUACCAGUCUAUGAGAAGGGAUGUAAUUGGCUGUACUCAGGAGAUGGAUUUCAUUCUUUGGCCUCGGAAUGACAUUGAAAAAAUUGUCUGUCUCCUCUUUUCUAGGUGGAAGGAAUCUGAUGAGCCUUUUAGGCCUGUUCAGGCCAAAUUUGAGUUCCAUCACGGUGACUAUGAAAAGCAGUUUCUGCAUGUACUGAGCCGCAAGGACAAGACUGGAAUUGUUGUCAACAAUCCUAACCAGUCAGUGUUUCUCUUCAUUGACAGACAGCACUUGCAGACUCCGAAAAACAAAGCUACAGUCUUCAAGUUAUGCAGCAUAUGCCUUUACCUGCCACAGGAGCAGCUCACCCACUGGGCAGUUGGCACCAUAGAGGAUCACCUCCGUCCUUACAUGCCAGAAUAGAGCACUGACCAGCACGAUGAAGAAGAUCAGAGAAUGCAGCAGCAAUGUUUUUCUUCUUUUCUUACCACUUUAUUCUUUCAGAGUUUAAGGAAAAUGGACUCAUGCACAGAACACUAUGCAUUUUGAAACUCGUUCAUCCUGGAUUUUUUUAAAUCAUUUGUAUCUCAGAACUUAAAAAAAAAAUUAGAUGUCUUCUGCACAGACUGUGUGAAAGAAGAUGCUUUGCAUAUUUGCUGCACUGCAUCAGCAUCUUACUAAAAAUGUGAAGUGAAAGGACUAUUGUACACUGAAAUGCUUAAAUGCAUCUGAAAGCACAAGGUGAUACUCAUUUUUGAUGGUCUUCCCAUUUAUGCUGGUUUUGGCCUCUUUGACAUCUGUCAUCAGUAUUUAGAGGGUGAGAAGUGAAUGUAACAGGUAUAAUGUUUUUAAAAACUUAAUAGCUUUGCUAUAAUCACUGUUGUUCCAGAGUACUGUCAGAUUCAUUCUAAUGACCAGAAGUGGUUGUUUAAAAAAAUAAAAGGACAACCACAGGAAAGAAAUCUUAAAUGAAAAAAAGCAUCUCAUUGUAGGCAUUCUUGCCUCAUAUUUUACUGGGCCAUGUUUGUUUCCUGGUACUCAUAAAUAUGUUUUUUUUUUUUCCAGAUCUCUUUUCCCCAAGUUGCUGUUAUGAAAGAGUAUUCUGCUGAGUGUGGAUACAAAUUAUACACAUUAAAGCAGAUCUGGAGUCUAAAGUAGCUAAUGCAGCUAUAAAACUGAGAAUACAUUCAUAGCUGCAGAAACAAUGAUAGGUAGAGGAUUUUCCUUUUUGGUUUUUGUUUUGUUUUUUGGUUUUAAAGAGAAGACAUUUGACAAAGAAAAUUCCAGUGAAUUGUGCAUAAAUACUGGCUUCUACACCAUGUUACAGAAAAACUUAUGAGGGUUUUUUGGCAGUAGAAAAAGUUAACAAAAGUUGGGAUCUUAAAUUGUUUAAAAAAAAAAAAAUCGAGUGUUGAAAAGCAGAACUCAUUUUGUGCAAUGAACAUAAGGAAAGACUACUGUAUAGUUUUCUGGUGUUUUUUUUCUUUUAAAUGAAGAAAAGCUUUGCUUAAGGGUUGCCUACUUAUUGGAGUAAAUCUGAAUGAUCCUACUCCUUUGGAGUAAAACUAGUGCUUAUCAGUUUCCAGUUGUAUUUAGCUUCUGGUUGGAAUUUAAAAAAUGAAAACCUAAAUAAAAUAGGUGAAAGUUCCCUGACUAUUCAGGGGAAUACACAGAA